AUGAUCGUCGUUUUAGGGUUCAAGCGCGAGAAGGAGGAAGUUCUUGUUUCACGUCGGACGCGCGCGGGUCUGACUAUAGACGAGCCCGUCCCUUCAUCCUCCUUUCUCUACCAAAACCCGUUCGAAUACACUCCUUUCGAAUCCGAAAUGCGUUUCUCUCUCGCCAUCUUCGCCCUCCCCUUGGCUUUGGCCAUCCCUUCGCCCGUAACCAACUCAUCCAGCUUGGUCUCUCGUGCCGAAAACAUCCUCUACGCCCGUACCAACCUCGGAAGUAAAGCGCCCGGCAAGAAGAACAACGUCGUCUGCGGUACCAUCAAGGUCAACAAGUACAAGUACAUCUGCGCUUGUUACGAUCUCGGAGAGGACACCUGUUACCGUGCCGAUUCUGACAACGAGGACAAUAUUGUCGAGGACGAUGGGUUGAUCAGCACUGUCAUUCGAGAGCUCGAAGGCGAAUCCAAACUCUGUUACCUGCCUGAACACGCCAAACCCGACUUCAAGAAAGGAUGCUGCAUUUACAAGUGCAAGAAGAACUUCAAAGACUGCGGUAACAAGUGUGUCAAGAAGAACAAGGAUUGCCCGACCGCUGGCGCUGGCGGAGACGGUGGUCACAGCGGUCACGGCGGUGGCUACGGCGGCGGAUACGGUUACAACCACUACGACAGGCGUAACCUUCAGUGUGCUGCCGGUUUGAGCGCUUGUCCUGUUGUCAACGGAAACGGCUUCGAAUGCUUGGACGUCAACAAGGACGUCGAAAGCUGCGGUGGAUGCCUCAGGUCAAUUGGCGCCGGAAUCCAGAACGUCGGUGAAGACUGUACCAGCAUCCCCAAUGCGGCCGACGUCAGCUGCGUCGCUGGGCAAUGCCAGGUCCAAACCUGUCUUCCCGGCUUCAAGCUCAACUCGGUCGGCGACUGCGUCUUCUCCGAGGAGGCCUACUUCUUGCAGCAGAAAUAUCGGCUCUAGACGUACCCGUGGUCUUCUUGAAACAGCUUCCGCUCGUGGACUCGGGUUCGCUCUGCGGGUCCAUCACUCCAUAGCGGACGGCGAACUUGUUCUUUGGGAUCAUCGGGGCUUGUCUCUUUCUCUUCUCAGUCGACUUGGAAUUCUGGACGUGUGAUCGACAAAACGCGGGACAAUGGCGCGACAGGCGAUAGGCUAGUGUUGACGAAAUCUCUUUCCGGACAUUUACUGUUUCCUUUCCCUUUCCUUCUUCACAAAUCCGCUCGACGAUCUUUACUACUACACUAUCUAUACGACGGCCUCUGGUCGGUUCUCCUUUCUGUUACACUGUUUUGUCGUGUUUUGCGGGGUAUGCUCCUCGGCAUCGAUGCGCUGCAAUACGCUCGUGCUGUAUAUACAAUCGUUA